AUGCAGCGGCCGCUGCUACUCUACGCAGCGACGUGGACGGUGAUGUUGACGGCGACGGUGGCGCUGGUAUCCUUUUCCCCUGAGAUGGCCUUCGUGUCGGCAAUAUCUCCGUCAUCGUCCUUCUCUCGAGCGUGUGAUAGUCAGGGUCAGGUAGGCAGAGUGAGAGUGCCGUUAGAUGUGCCUGGAGAGGUGGUGUGUUUGCCGGCACACCUCUUCAGUAAGAUGACAUUUUUGGAUUUCCUUGUUCCUCCUGUCUUUGCAGCCAUUGCUGUUGCUGCUUCCGCUUGCUUCGUUCGAGCCUUGGCCUUGUGGGAAGAAGCCGAUUGAUAUCACUUGAGAAAGAGGUCCCCUCUUCCUUCUUCUAAUAAGUUCCAAUGUGAGAUUAUAAGGCAAAGGCACUGGGUACCUUUUUCUGUUCCAUCGAGGGAAAAAUGCCGACAAUCAAUCGAAACACACUGAAGAAUCUCAAAUUUUUUUUUUUUUAAUCAAUGAUCCAUUGGUUAACUAGG